AUGCUUCCGUCGUGCUGCUCCAAACCCGCGGCGGACGGCAGCGGUAAGAAGAGCAGCUCCGUGGCCAAGCUGCUGCUCGGUGUGUUUGUGGUGUACUCGCUGCACACAGCCUGGCUGCUGUACGGCUUCCUCAACACCAGACCCUGCGACGAAGACAGAGGAGAGACCUGCAUCACCUCCUACCUGACAGGCAGACCCAGACUCCAGCUGAGUGUGUUUACCUGCCUCAUGCCAGACAACAGCCAACUCAGCCUCGCUGUAAAAAUAGACCCAUUUGACCCACAUUCUGCAUUUGAAAGGCAGGUGAAUGUCUCUCUGCCAGAGCAGACUCGGUCUAAUGGCACUCUUUUCGCAGUGGUCUAUGUUCACAAAGCCAGUGUUUCCCCUCUGGAGGACAGCAGAGAAGUCCACUACGCGGCUCAGCUCACCACCCACAUCACGGCCACACACACUGAGGGGCCGAGGGACCCGCACAAGGUAAAAAUAGUAGAGAAUCCUGUGUCCCAUUGGAGACCUCACCUGUCAGUCACCAUGAUGUCAGAGGACUUCACCUUCAACAAGGCGGGGCUUCCCAGUGAUGUGCGGCGAUACAUGAGAGUGUCUCAGGACAGACAUCACAUGAUCUACCUCCCUCUGCUGCUGGUUAAUGAACUCAGCGUCAGAGUCAGAGACCUCAUGGAGAUCAACAGCAGCACUGUCCACCUCCCUCUGACGGUGUCCUACGAGGGAAUCUCUCUCAGGGGAUUCAGGUUCUGGGUUCAUCUGCAGGAUGUGGUUUAUUCCCUUCGACAGUUUGGCUUCACUGAGGAAAACAUUGAUGAAAUUAAAGAAACUCUGAUGGGAUCCAACCUCUACCUGUUAGUGCUGACUGCACUCAUCACAGCUCUGCAACUCAUCUGUGAAUUCCUGGCUCUUAAAAAUGACAUCAGCUCUUGGAGAAAAAAGAAGAACUUGGUGGGAAUGUCCCGAAAGUCAGUUCUGUGGCGUAGUCUCAGUACUUUGCUGAUUUUCCUCCAUCUGCUGGAGGAGACCAGUCUGCUGGUGCUGCUCCCUGUUGGACUGGGCGCCUGUGUGGAGGUGUGGAAGGUGUUUAAAGUGUUUAAGUUCAAGUUGCUGUGGAAAAGCUCCAACCUGCACUUAAACAAACUGGAUGAAGAAGAGAGGAAGACGCUGGAGUAUGACACACAGGCGUCCAGAUACUUGUCCUACUUGGUUUAUCCUUUGUGUAUCAGUGGAGCUAUUUUCUCUCUGGCCUACUUACGCCAAAAGAGUUAUUAUUCCUGGUUGAUCAACAGCCUGGUGACCGGAGUUUACGCCUUUGGCUUCCUGUCUAUGGCCCCUCAGCUCUUCAUUAACCACAAGUUGAAGUCUGUGAGUCACCUGCAGGGGACGGUGUUGAUGUACAGAGGAGUGAACACCCUUAUCUCAGAUCUGUGCUCCUGCGCCUCCUUUUUCUUUACCUCCGGAUCCUUCUCCUCCUCUCAUCAACUCUCCUGCUUCAGAGAUGAGCUGCUGUUCCUCCUCUACCUCUACCAGCGAAGGUUUUACGCCGCCAAGGCCAGGAGGCGAGACUCUGGGAGCCACAGCAAGAAAGUAAAAACUCAGUGA